ACAAAGCAAAACCUUCAUAUUCUAUGGUUGAGGAUAGUCCAUUCUAAGCUUCUUCUGCACUUCCAUCUCCAACACAAACAACAAAAUGUCCAUGGCUCUAUUCUCGUCACCUCCAACCCACCUCCCAACUCUACCUCCCUCCUCUUCCCCAAAAACCCAACUCACCAACAAGCCUUAUCUUUCUCUCAGACCCAAGAAACACCUCUUCUUGGUCCCCACAAAAGCCACCGACAAUGGGUCUGGAAAUGUGGCCUCUGCUGCCAUUGUAGAGGACCAGAAGGUUUCUGAAGCUCCGGCGGUCGAUUCUGAGCUGAAAUCGGAGUCUCACGACGGUUCUUUGGGGCCCAAUGGUUCUCCGGCCGCCGUGGAUGCGGUGGCGAAAUUUGCGGAUCCCAGAUGGGUUGGAGGGACUUGGGAUUUGAAACAGUUUCAGAGAGAUGGGAAGACCGAUUGGGACACUCUGAUUGAUGCUGAGGUUAGGAGGAGGAAAUGGCUCGAAGACAAUCCAGAAUCAUCUAGUAAUGAUGACCCCAUAGCUUUCGACACAUCUAUCAUUCCCUGGUGGGCAUGGAUGAAGAGGUUCCAUCUUCCUGAGGCUGAACUCCUCAAUGGCCGUGCUGCGAUGAUAGGGUUCUUCAUGGCUUACCUGGUGGACAGCUUGACAGGGGUAGGUCUUGUGGACCAAAUGGGUAACUUUUUCUGUAAAACACUCUUGUUUGUAGCUGUAGUUGGUGUGCUUGUGAUUCGAAAGAACGAGGACAUAGAAACCAUAAAAAAGCUUGUGGAAGAAAGUACUUUUUAUGACAAGCAGUGGCAAGCAACUUGGCAGGAUGAGUUGCCUAGCGGUUCCAAGAAGGAUUAGGCUGCAAAUUGGAGGUUUCUGAGUUUCUUGUUUUAAUCUAUUGCAAAUUUACUGAAAUUUCUGUCAUUGGAGAGUGAUGAUUCUAGUUUUUUCCUCCGAUUUGUAAAUUAUAUUUGCUUUGUUAUGCAUGGGAAAAUCUUGGGCUCUGUUUGGUUCAAUUCUGGAAUCAUGAUUCCACCCUUAUAUUCCAAACCUCUGUUCGAUUAAAGUUUUCAAAA